GCGGAAGCAGCUCAUUGAUUUCAGGCAGUGAGAGCUUCUGAAGCUAGCUGCUGGUCACAGAGCCAUGGAAGGGGGAGGCAGGGUUUCGUGGGUCAAAUAUGGGCCUGUUGUGUCCGCGUUGGUGGUUCUGUUGGCCUUUUGGUUCCGGUCACCCCAGAAUGUAGUGCUGGAUGACCGGCUGGACACCGUGCUGACCUCUCUGCUCAAAGCUGAACGUAAAGUCGGGAUAAGUGACGUCGAGAGACCGAGAGUGGCUGUCGGUUUUGGAGGUUGUGUGGACCUGAUCGUGGAUGGCGUAUCGCUGCUUAAUAAGAUUGACCUCACUCCUACGGACCAGCCUCUUCAUCAUAACUACUUAGAAAAUGCUGUGCAGCUGGCCCAGAGCUUUGCCUACUUCUUUGCACCGGGAGCUGCUGCAGAGCGUUUUAUGCUGAAUGAGACGUUGUUCAGUGAGCUGGUGGAAGCGUCCCGUGACUUACCAGGAAACAGAUGGGCAAUAGGCGGCAAUGCCCCAGUAAUGGCUGGUCGCAUGGCAACAGAGGGAUGUGACGUGUUGCUAGGGGGAAGUUUUAGCCCCGAUUUUACUGAUGUGCUGUCCGAGCACAUUACAGUGGCAGGUAACAUAGUAGAAGAGCCGGACAUUCAUCUGAUCCUUGAGUAUCCAUCAGGUGCCAGCUGGGGACACUUAACCUCACGAAGAGCCAACAGAUACAUCAUCCACAGUGAUGACCACAACCCAUACCUGGACUCCAUGGAGGAGUUUACGGAGCAACUGGAGGACUUCAAACCAGAUCUGCUGGUGGUGGGAGGCCUGCAAAUGAUGGAUAACUUCCCAUUCCAGACGGGUGAGCGAGACGCUCUCCUCUCCCGCCUGUCUGACCUCCUGUCGACCUCUUCUCCAAAGCUUGGAGUCCAUUUUGAGAUGGCCAGUUUUGUCGAGGAGAGUAUAAUGGAAGACCUUCUUCACUACGUCAUCCCCCGUGCUGACUCUUUAGGGAUGAAUGAACAGGAGCUUCCCAACCUGCUCAGUCUCCUUAAAGGCUCGAACAUCACAGUGUUGUCUGACCCAAACCCUCGUGUAGCUACUGUCCUGGACCAGAUGAGGGAGGUCUACCGCAUUUUGAACCAACGCUACAAGGACAUCAGUGAAGAAACAAACAGUGGUGAGGGUAAGCCGCUGACACGACUACACGUCCACACACUUGCUUUUCAGGCCAUGAUUGUUACACAUGGCUCCCAGUGGAAGAACACCAUGUCAGCCACCGCCAAAGCUUCUCUCACAGCUAACCGCCAUGUCUGUGGCUCCAACGACAUUGACCCCAGCAAGGCCAGGCUCAUCAUGGACGACUCUUUCUCUGUUAGCCGGCAAGAGGGCAGCCAGCGGAUCCCUCUACAAGAGAGCAGGCCUGUGAGCUGCUGGGACGAGGAGGACUACGAGAUCUGUGUCGCUCCAGUGCUGGUGUGCACUGAGGUUUAUCAAACUGCAGGGGGAGGGGACAACAUCUCAGCUGCUGGUCUGGUGCUGCAGAUCUAGUGAAGAACACUGAAUGGUCUAUCUGUGUGCAGUGCUGACAUGAUGUUGGAAGUAUAUGUGACUCUAGAAACAUGAUCUACCUUUGAUGCAAAGUAACCCUAUGAGAUCAGGCUGAUGUCACCUGCCAGGUGUACUAUAAGAAAAUCUGAUUUUCAUUCUCAGGUGUUAGGUUGCAGCGGCUUUUAAUCAGGUCAGACUUUUAAAUAGUAAAUGUUUGGGCUCAGUUCUUUUUGAAACACUAAUUAAUUUACCCAGUCUGUGCCUGAGUGCAAAACCUUUUAUCAUUUCUGAAGGUAACACUGCCCUGCUUUGUCUCGCUUUGAUUCAUUACACCCAACUUCUUUGCCGUGUCAGUGUAGGCCAUCCUCUGACUCUUGUCCUCUUCUUCUGGGAGAGGCCUUUCGGGUGUUGUCCUUUAAUAAGGAAGAGAACAUGAGACCAAAUCAUAGAGACACCAUGUUUUUGAUAUUGGUCUACACAUGGAGGCCUCGGGCUAAAUUGUCAUGCAUUGUGUAUCAGCUCUGCUCUUAUUACAGAGCAAACUUUCUUUCUGUUCAUGUUAGUGACAAAGCUUUGCAACGUCUGCUGUAUGAUAAAUUGUCUUUAUUUUAACCUGUGACUUCACUAUGCAGCAAAUCAGAGUUGUUUUAUUACUCCAAUUGCUGGAUCUUCUGCUUGUUGAGGAGUUUGUUCUCUGGGUGUCAUCAGUAAUCAUGACUGCGAUGAUCCCUGCCUUGCCGUUAAAGUGCUUUCAGAAAGUUUAAAAAGGUAAACCAUCCUGCCUUUAUCCUCCUCUGUUUCAUUCUAAAUGGCUGAGAAAGUACAGUUGUAGCCUGAUCACAUCCAUUCUUCCUAAUAUAUGUGAAAAAAAUAGUUUUACUUGUUUUAAGAUGGUCAUUCCUCUGCAGGUCAGUUGCAGUUCAAUAACACAGCAAAGAUGCUAUGAGACCACUGUUGGUAUCUGGAUAUGAUGUCAAUAAUCUCUUUUCUACCUCCAUCAUCUUUGUUUCCUACUUUCUUGUCCCCCUUCUUUCCUCUUCUCAAAAAUUUAACUUUGUCAAAUUGUAUUAUUAUGGGUCAUAUUUAACUUCCCUCCCUCUCCCUGUGUGUCUAUUUAUUGCUCUAUGAGGACCAAAAAAAAGUGUGGACCGCUGUUAACAUGGAUGCAAAGUAGAAGCUUCUGGCUGUGGUAAAAAAAAACAUUCUUUAGUUUUAGCUUUUCCUAGGAAAUGUCAACAUUAUGUUACGGUGUUCUGUGGAGAAGUGGACCACACAGAAACUGUCACAUUUGAGGCUUUAACCUUCUCAUUGAGUAGGAGCUAAAUAUAUUUCAGGGUCACACCAAUUAUUGGCAAAGUCACUGCUUUCUAAAAGUCUCUUGUAAAAUAAUGUUGAAUAAAUCAUCUGUCCCCAUGGUCAUCCACUAUUAUUAGGGUUGAAAUCACUUUUUCUUUUGACUGCCAAUGGACUUGAACUGUACAGUUUUUCUCAUGUACAAAUGAAACAUUCCUGCACAGACCCAACAUCAGUGAUUUACUUCAAAAUGAAGUGAGUUUGAUCCCAGCAUAUCAACAUGCAGAUUCUGUAGUUAUUUUGUCCAUAUGUCUUUGAGUUAUGUCAAGCUGAAUGUUAAAGCAUACUUCAUUGAGGAACACGUGUAGUCAUGUAACAAUUGAUCAGCUAUGAUGUUAAAAUGAAGAACCUAAGGUGAAGAAAUCCAUUCAACUGUUUUGUCUGUAUAUUGAGACUGUACUGAUUUAAUGUUUGAUUAUGUUGAAGAUAAAUGAGCCUUACUCUGUUUUGACUUUAGAUUUUUAGUGAAAAGGGAACGUUUAAAAUACUUUUUCUAUACCUUUGGGCUUUUCUUGUAUUUUCUGAUGCCUUUGUCUUGCAUGGUGAUUGGAAACAAAGUUGAACGGGUCAUUGUUUUACUGUGAAAAGAAAAACUUCAGCAUGCAUUCAUGUUCAGAGAUAGAACUGCUUGUGUUUGCUACCAUAUCAUUUACCGGUACAUAUCUAAGCUCUAGAUAGGCCAUGUCAUCCAAGUUUCAAAGCUGUGUUUCACUGUUUCAUGCAUGUUGAUUGAUGCAAAACUAAAAGAUAAAAUGCUAUGCUAAAGAAGCAA